AUGCGGGAGGGGAGCGCGGGCGGCCGCGGCGCGGAGAACCGGACGGGCGCCGAGCCCCCGCUGCACCUUUUCCCCGCGCCCGUGCUCACCGGCAUCACCGUCGCCUGUGUCCUCCUCUUCGUCAUCGGGAUCAUCGGCAACCUCAUGACCAUGCUGGUGGUGUCGCGGUUCCGGGACAUGAGGACCACCACCAACUUCUACCUGUCCAGCAUGGCCUUCUCCGACCUUCUCAUCUUCCUCUGCAUGCCCCUGGACCUCUUCCGCCUCUGGCAGUACCGGCCCUGGAACUUCGGGGACCUCCUCUGCAAGCUCUUCCAGUUCAUCAGCGAGAGCUGCACCUACUCCACCAUCCUCAACAUCACCGCCCUCAGCGUGGAGCGGUACAUCGCCAUCUGCUUCCCCCUCCGAGCUAAAGUGAUCAUCACCAAGGGGAAGGUCAAGCUGGUCAUCCUCUUUCUCUGGGCUGUCUCCUUCAUUAGCGCCGGACCCAUCUUUGUCUUGGUGGGGGUCGAGCACGAGAACGGCACGAACCCCCUGAGCACCAACGAGUGCCGAGCCACGGAGUACGCCAUCCGCUCGGGGCUCCUCACCAUCAUGGUCUGGACCUCCAGCAUCUUCUUUUUCCUGCCCGUGUUUUGCCUGACCGUGCUGUACAGCCUCAUCGGGAGGAAGCUCUGGAGGAGAAAGAGAAAGAACAUCGGUCCAAAUGCUGUCAUCAGGGAUAAGAACAACAAGCAAACUGUGAAAAUGUUAGUUGUGGUGGUAUUUGCUUUCAUACUCUGCUGGUUGCCUUUUCACGUAGGACGAUAUUUAUUUUCCAAAUCCUUCGAAGCUGGAUCCUUGGAGAUAGCAGUGAUCAGCCAGUACUGCAACUUGGUGUCCUUUGUCCUCUUCUACCUUAGCGCAGCCAUCAACCCCAUCCUCUACAACAUCAUGUCGAAGAAGUACCGAGUCGCCGCUUGCCGGCUGUUUGGACUCAAACCCCUUCCGAAGAAAAGACUUUCCAGCACAAAGCAAGAAAGUUCCCGCGUUUGGACAGAACCGAGCGUUAUCACAUGA